GGGGGCCGCUUGAGCGGGCCGGCCGUGCCGCCGAGUGAGGCGGGCCCCCAGCGGGAGCGGCUCCGCGCCGCUGGGGGCCGAGGCUGCGAGGGGCGGCACUGGAGGGACCGGAAACAACUUUAUAUGGCUCAUGUUUGACAACAUGCACCACCAGUGGCUGCUGCUAGCUGCAUGCUUUUGGGUGAUAUUUAUGUUCAUGGUUGCUAGCAAGUUUAUCACAUUGACUUUUAAAGACCCAGAGGGCUACAGUGCCAAGCAAGAGCCAUUGAUACUGACAGCUGUAACAAAAGUGGAGGAGGUACAUGUGCCAGAAGAAAAACGUUGGCCUGAAGUAUUCCAGCCAACUGGAAAAGCUUUUUCUGGAAAUCUGAUCCGCCAGCCCCUGGUUCAUAUGGAAAGACUUGAGCUUCUCAGGAAUGUCUGCAGAGACACUGCAUUGAGAGAUCUCUCUCACACUGAAGUUUCCAAAUUCGUUUUGGACCGAAUAUUUGUGUGUGACAAGCACAAGAUCCUGUUUUGUCAGACGCCAAAAGUGGGCAACACUCAGUGGAAAAAAGUCUUGAUCGUUUUAAAUGGAGCAUUUUCUUCAAUAGAAGAGAUCCCAGAAAAUAUUGUACAUGAUCAUGAGAAGAAUGGCCUUCCACGCUUGUCCUCCUUCAGUGACUCUGAAAUUAAAAAACGACUGAAUUUAUACUUCAAGUUUUUUAUUGUUAGAGAUCCAUUUGAAAGACUUAUUUCUGCAUUCAAAGACAAGUUUGUGCACAAUCCUCGGUUUGAACCUUGGUACCGGCAUGAAAUUGCUCCUGGCAUCAUUCGUAAAUAUAGAAAGAAUCGCACAGAGACCAAAGGGCUGCAGUUUGAGGACUUCGUGCGCUACCUGGGAGAUCCUAAUCACCGGUGGCUGGAUGUUCAGUUUGGUGACCACAUCAUUCAUUGGGUAACGUAUGUGGAACUUUGUGCUCCCUGUGAAAUUACAUAUAGCGUGAUUGGACACCAUGAAACCCUGGAGGACGAUGCUCCAUAUAUCUUGAAAGCAGCUGGCAUAGACCAUUUGGUAUCAUACCCCACAAUUCCACCAGGCAUAACAGUGUACAACAAAACUAAAGUACAACGGUAUUUUUCGGGAAUUAGCAAGAGAGACAUAAGACGCCUCUAUGCACGGUUUGAAGGUGAUUUUAAACUCUUUGGUUAUCAGGAGCCAGAUUUCUUGCUUAACUGACACCUGGGAUAAGCUCUGAAGAAGUAUCUCAUGGAUUAAUCUAAACCUGCGUGAAUACCAGCUGCAGCACUGACAGAGCUGAGAAUCACCAUUUGUUUUGUAGCUUUUUGGUGUUGCUCCAUUUUUCAUAUGAAAAUGCUUUCAUUUGUCAUAUGAACAAGUAGGGGCUUACAGUUGUUUACUGACCAUGUUCUCAAUACAUGACAUUGCAAUGUUUUAAGAAUUAAGUCUCUGUUAUCUGAAAUACAGAAUUCUGUUUCUCCCCUCUUUCCUUCAGGAGGAAAGAGGGAGGACAAGUGGGCUAUGAUCUUCCCCUCCUUUUCCCAGACAGAGUGCCUGUUUUAAAAUGUUGUGAAGUAUUUAUAAGAAGAUGGCAAUUUCACUGUAGGUUAACCCUGACAUGUGGGUGAACUUGAUGAUUCAUGCUCAUGAGAAAGGCAUGUUGUCUCCCAUGAGUUUUGAAAAUGAGAGGCCAGUACAGGACAAAAAAAAAUGAUUAAAUGCUUGUCAAAUAAAUCAUCUAGGUUCUGUCAUGUGGCUGCUAUAACAACAGUAAUGCUGAUCUGAUCCCAUUGUUGUUUGUCACAAAAUGAGCCUAAUUAGACAGAAGCUUUAGAUGUGUUUAAAAAGGGAUUGGUUCCAGACCCCUUUGUAUUUUGUCAGGUGUUUACUGUACUUACUACUGAUCUAUUGAGCUUCAUAAUUUUACUCUAGAUUUUAUUUAAGAUAUUAUUUAACUCCUGGCUGUGUAAGUUAUCUGAGAACACAGAUGCAAAUGGAGCAUAGAAAAAUAUGAAACAGCUAGGGAAACCUUAAAAUUAAUUUCAAAUGAAGUAUUAAUUGCAUUUGUGGAAGCACAUACAGAAAUCGUGAGAUGCUCACACACAAUAUAACUUGUUUUGUCUUCUAACAGUAAAGAUUACUAAAGAAGCCACAAAAUCUGGAUAUCAUGUAAAAGAUCUGCUAGAUUUACUUGGACUACUUUUUUCUUAUAUCCAACCUUGCCAUAUGUUCAGUACCUCAGAGAACAGAAAAUGUACUCCCCUUUGAAAAUUCAUCUCCCUGCUGGAAGGAGACAGGAUCAAUCCCUGAUUUUUCCAGUGUUUCACUGCCAUGGUGUCCCAACUCAAAAAUGCUCAACAUUUAUGUUACCAAUGGGAUGAGUUGGCUACUUGCCAGGAGUUUGAAUGUGGCUUAAAUCUGUGUACUCAUUUUAUGCAUUAAAAGAAAAAGGAAAACCAGAGCUGAAUGGAUGCAGCCAUCAUAUUGCCUGUGCUUGCAUUGUGUCUCAUAAAGAGCAGUCUCUUGUUUGAGUUCACCAGCAAUAAAGAUCAGUACGCUGCCACCUCAUCCUGCAGGCUGUGGGAGAGGGCGACCAUGUACCUGAAAUACAGGAGUUGCUCUGUCACGGUGAGCAUGUGAAGUGUGUUUUUUAAAUCUUAGUCCCAAAAGAUGAAUUUUCAGGUCAGCAUAAUGUUGCUGGCUAGAAAUUCUAAUGAUGGCCAGUGCUAUGGUAUCUACCCUCAGAUCCAGCCACACUAUGGUUUUGACAGUUUCCUGUAUCGACUCAAGGAAGCAUCUUGCAUUUGUGAAAAAGGACAUGUGUGCCAAGCUGACAUGUGCUGCUAUCCACAAAAAGGAAGUCCUGUUGCAGGUGGAAAUGGUUUCAGAAAGACCUCAACAGACUAAUUUAAAUAAGGGAGAAUCAUUGACUGGACAUGGUUAAAAAGAGAGUAAUCCAGGGGGGCAAAGCUGGAAGGUGGAUUUUGUUUUCCUUUUUUUAAAGAACAACAAUUGCAGUGCCCUAAAUUGUUAGUUCUUAACCAAUGAUAAAAAGAUGUUAACUGCUUCAGGUUUUCCUGUGGUUUUCUUAAUAUGAGAGCUUAGCAAAAUGUACUGUUAAAUGCAUUUUGGAGCUAAUGACUUGAUUGAUUACCUCUCUGCCAAUUUAAAAUGUAACAGUCAAUAAUGUAUAGUAAAUUCAGGCCUUAAAGUUUAAUUCUAAUAAAGAUAAAGCAAAACUGUUUUCCUCUGAAAACAUAAGCUACUGAUCACAC